AGAAAAGUCGCCAUCAAAGUUUCCGCCUAAAAUCACAACCUUCCGUUCAAGGCUCCCUCCUCUUUGCUCAGCUGAAUCGUUUGUCUGAGGGAUAGAGAGAGAUUCACCAACCCACAACAAUGGCGGAUCCGUCUCCUCAAGCGGAAACCUCGGAGUCGCCGUCAUCCUCCGCCUUCUCCGGCCUGAGACGACCUAAGCUCCGCGUGACGUCGGAAUUCGACAGCGACAGCCUCGUAUUCUUCAACAAACUGUCCUGCAAGCUCUUCGACAAUCUCGGCAAGGUCAAGCUCUCUUUCCAGAAUAACGCUCAGCGCCAGGUCUCUCAGCCCCAGCUCUCUUUCACCUCCAAGUACCUCUCCAUCCUCUACGAUCUCGAGGAGCAUAAUGCUUUCCUCAAGAGCACCGUCGCCAUCAGCCCUCGCCUUCAGCUUCGUGCUCUUCAUAAUGUCAAGGCACAAGAAGGGGAAGUGGCUAUGGAGGCAAAUCUGGGUGAACCUGGCUAUUCUUUGGAACUAUCAUCCCCUGUCCCUGUUACUGGUUACCCAAGAGCGACCCUCAAAUUCCCGCUUGGGGAAGUUUCGUUGCAAGAAAAACAAGAGGAGGAGGAGGAGAAGAAUAGAAUUUUAUCUGUUGAUGGAAUCCUCAAACAUAAAGUCUUGAAUGGUGUUUGUACUGCGCAAUACUCAGAUGAAGAACUGAGGAUGAGAUAUGCUUACAAGGAUGAUGCCUUGACUUUCAGCCCAACCAUUUCCCUCCCUUCCAAUGCGUUGUCCUUUGAUUUCAAGCGUAGAUUCAGUCCUCUAGAUAAGUUGAGCUAUUCUUACAAGUUUGACUCCAAUGUGUGGAGUGCCGUGUACAAACGCAAGUAUGGCAAUGACUACAAACUCAAAGCUGGUUACGAUUCAGAAAUACGCAUAGGCUGGGCAUCUCUCUGGGUGGGGGAUGAAGCAGGGAAAGUGAAGACAACGCCAUUGAAGAUGAAAGUGCAGUUGAUGCUUCAAGUUCCGCAAGAUAACCUCAAGUCUUCUGCCUUGAUGUUCCGAGUCAAGAAGAGGUGGGACUUGUGAUAUGAUUGAUUACUCAAAUCUCAUAUUGUUAACCCUUUAAUGUUUAAUUGUUUCUCUUAAUCUCGACUUUUGUAUCAAACAAAUCCUUCUUUUCCUUCUUCUUCUUA